CGUUGUUGUUGCUAGUGGGGACUGUUGUGUUGUGAAAAUGGCGACGCCUCGUCGCUCCUCUCAGCAGCAGCAGAGUUCCCUUCUCUCCUCCCCUCCCCGCGGUCCCUCUCUCCCCGACACCCCGCCUGGCUCUCCGCCGGGGCCAGCCGAUGAUGCUGCCUUGCUUCCCCAUGGAGCAGUGAUGGACAACCGCGCAGACGGUGAGGCAGCGCCGACCUCUCCCAGCACCACCUCCCCGGUACCCCAGGCCCUCUCAUCCAGCAGCAGCAGCAGCGGCGGUGGUACUAGCAGCAGCGCUAGCUCCCCGACCACCACCGAGGGAAGCGAGGCUAGUCCUGGCUCUACGCCCGAUUCCAGUAGUGGUGACCCGGGUAGCAGCGGCGGCGCUAACGGGACCUUUAGGGAGCUGUUUGAAGCUUGUCGGAACGGGGAUGUUUCCAGAGUGAAAAAGCUGGUGGAUGCGGUGAAUGUGAACGCCAAAGACAUGGCUGGACGCAAAUCAACUCCGCUUCAUUUUGCUGCAGGUUUUGGUCGGAGAGAUGUGGUGGACCACCUGCUUCAGAUGGGCGCUAAUGUGCACGUGCGAGAUGACGGUGGGCUGAUUCCUCUCCACAAUGCCUGCUCCUUUGGUCAUUCCGAGGUGGUGUCCUUGCUCCUCUGCCAGGGCGCUGACCCUAAUGCUCGAGACAACUGGAACUACACACCGCUACAUGAGGCCGCUAUCAAGGGCAAGAUUGACGUCUGUAUAGUGUUACUGCAGCACGGAGCUGACCCCAACAUCCGCAACACCGACGGCAAGUCUGCCCUGGACCUGGCUGAACCAUCCGCUAAGGCCGUGCUCACAGGUGAAUACAAGAAGGAUGAGCUGCUGGAGGCAGCAAGGGGUGGAAACGAGGAGAAGCUAAUGGCCUUGCUUACGCCACUCAACGUCAACUGCCAUGCGAGCGAUGGCCGCAAGUCCACUCCGCUCCACCUGGCAGCAGGAUACAACAGGGUCAGGAUUGUUCAGCUGUUACUGCAGCAUGGAGCUGAUGUCCACGCCAAGGACAAGGGCGGUCUUGUUCCUCUACAUAAUGCCUGCUCUUAUGGGCACUAUGAAGUCACUGAGCUGCUGCUAAAGCACGGUGCUUGUGUGAACGCCAUGGAUCUGUGGCAGUUCACCCCUCUGCACGAAGCGGCGUCUAAAAAUCGUGUGGAGGUUUGCUCUCUGCUGCUGAGCCAUGGUGCUGACCCGACCCUGCUCAACUGCCACAGCAAAAGCUCUGUGGACAUGGCACCAACUCCUGAGCUCAAGGAGAGACUCACAUAUGAGUUUAAAGGCCACUCGCUGCUCCAGGCAGCACGAGAAGCUGACAUGGCCAAAGCUAAGAAGACUCUGGCUCUGGAGAUCAUCAACUUCAAACACCCUCACACACAUGAAACGGCUCUGCACUGUGCUGUAGCAUCGCCUCACCCCAAAAGGAAACAGGUCACUGAGCUGCUGUUAAGAAAAGGUGCCAACGUCAACGAGAAGAAUAAGGAUUUCAUGACUCCUCUCCAUGUGGCAGCAGAGCGAGCUCAUAAUGACAUCAUGGAGGUGCUUCAGAAACACGGGGCAAAGGUGAACGCCCUCGACACGUUGGGUCAAACUGCGUUGCAUCGUGCGGCGCUGGCGGGCCACCUGCAGACCUGCAGGCAGUUGCUAGGAUAUGGGGCAGAUGCCUCGCUGGUGUCGCUGCAGGGCUUCACUGCAGCUCAGAUGGGAAACGAAGCUGUACAACAAAUCCUCAACGAGAGCGUCCCAGUGAGAAACUCAGAUGUGGACUACAGGCUGCUGGAAGCUGCCAAAGCCGGAGACCUGGAUACUGUGAAGUCAUUGUGCACUGCUCAGAAUGUAAACUGCAGAGACCUGGAGGGACGACACUCCACUCCUCUUCACUUUGCUGCUGGCUAUAACAGAGUGGCUGUCGUGGAGUACCUGCUACACCACGGGGCCGAUGUGCACGCUAAAGAUAAAGGCGGUCUGGUUCCCCUCCAUAACGCCUGCUCGUACGGUCAUUACGAAGUGGCCGAACUUCUGGUCCGACACGGAGCCUCGGUCAACGUGGCCGACUUGUGGAAGUUCACGCCACUUCACGAAGCAGCUGCAAAGGGAAAAUACGAGAUCUGCAAGCUACUGCUAAAGCACGGAGCUGACCCAACCAAGAAGAACCGAGAUGGGAACACGCCUUUGGAUUUGGUGAAGGACGGAGACACGGACAUCCAGGAUUUACUGAGAGGAGACGCUGCACUUUUAGAUGCUGCUAAGAAAGGCUGCCUGGCAAGGGUUCAGAAGCUGUGCAGCCCAGAAAACAUCAACUGUCGGGACACGCAGGGACGCAACUCAACCCCGCUGCACCUCGCAGCUGGCUAUAACAACUUGGAAGUGGUGGAGUAUCUGUUGGAACACGAAGCCGACGUGAAUGCUCAGGACAAAGGAGGGUUGAUUCCAUUGCACAAUGCUGCUUCAUAUGGGCACGUGGACAUAGCCGCCCUCCUGAUCAAGUACAACACGUGCGUCAACGCCACUGACAAAUGGGCUUUUACUCCCCUCCAUGAAGCAGCGCAGAAAGGGCGAACUCAGCUCUGUGCACUGUUGUUGGCCCAUGGAGCCGAUCCCACCAUGAAAAACCAGGAGGGACAGGCGCCGCUGGACUUGGCAACGGCCGAUGACAUCAGAGCAUUGUUGAUUGACGCCAUGCCACCCGACGCCCUGCCGAGCUGUUUAAAGCCACAGGCCACUGUGGUGAGUACAGGUGCAGCAGGGGGUGUGGUCAUUUCGCCUUCUCCGUCUCCAUCCUGCUUAUCAGCAGCCAGCAGCAUAGACAACCUGACAGCGCCACUUAGUGACAUCACAGUGGGCGGGGCCUCUGGUACUGCAGAUGGAGCAUCUGGGUCCGACAGGAAGGAGGGCGAAACGCUGCUCGAUAUGACCAUCAACCAGUUCCUGAAGAGUCUGGGACUGGAGCACCUGAGAGAUAUUUUCCAACGAGAGCAGAUUUCUCUGGAUGUUCUUGCUGACAUGGGUCACGAGGAGCUGAAGGAGAUUGGUAUAAAUGCUUAUGGUCACAGGCACAAACUCAUUAAGGGCAUCGAGAGACUCCUGGGAGGCCAGCAGGGUGGAAACCCGUAUCUGACAUUCCACUGCUCCAGCCAGGGCACCGUGCUGAUCGACCUGGCUCCCGACGACAAGGAGUUCCAGUCCGUGGAGGAGGAACUGCAGAGCACGAUCAGAGAGCACCGCGAUGGAGGCAACGCAGGUGGAGUCUUCAGCCGCUACAACAUCAUUAAGAUUCAGAAGGUGGUGAAUAAGAAGCUGAGAGAGCGAUAUGCUCACCGUCAGAAGGAGAUCGCUGAUGAGAAUCACAACCAUCAUAACGAGCGAAUGCUCUUUCAUGGUUCUCCGUUCAUCAACGCGAUCAUCCAUAAGGGCUUCGAUGAGCGCCACGCCUACAUUGGCGGCAUGUUCGGAGCGGGGAUCUAUUUUGCAGAGAACUCCUCCAAAAGCAACCAGUAUGUUUACGGGAUCGGUGGGGGUACGGGAUGUCCGACCCAUAAGGACCGCUCCUGCUACGUUUGUCACAGACAGAUGCUGUUCUGCCGGGUGACUUUGGGAAAGUCAUUUCUUCAGUUCAGCGCCAUGAAAAUGGCCCACGCCCCCCCUGGUCACCAUUCAGUUAUAGGACGACCCAGCGUCAACGGGCUGGCGUACGCAGAGUAUGUCAUCUACAGAGGCGAGCAGGCCUACCCAGAAUAUUUAAUCACCUACCAGAUCGUGAAGCCAGAGAGUCCGGCCGCGCCUGCUGCUGCUGCUGAGCAGAAAUCUUAAAUUGCUGCUGGCUCUGAAAAUAACCACCUUGGACUAAAAUCUCAUUUCUAAACAGUCUAGAAUUUAAAAAAAAACUUUAAUAUUUUUUAGUUUCAAUUUGGGGAAAGAAUCAUUCCUGUCCUUUUUAAAUGAAGCCAUUAUGACAGAAGACUGGCAGCAGUCAAACAAACCUUUUUACAGCAUCUGUGUUCCAUCGCUCUGAUUUUAAUGGCUUGUUUACUUACCAUAUACUCGUUUACUUUUUUUAUUUUUUAUUUUUUUGCAUCGUCCAUAACAACACUGCCCCACGGGGGCCACUUUGAGACUGUCGUACUGAGACAUCACAAAUCCAUCAUUCACGGUUACAUUUCCUCCCGGCGAGGCUGAUGUAAACAAGAUGGGAAUAAGAGACCAUCCAGUAGGUGUAAAUGUAUAGACUACUGUGGGUAAAUGUGACCCAAGAGCCUUUAAACGGAAGACUAAAAGGACAAAUGGAGACCAUGAUUCCUUAUUAUGAAUAACGACUGCAGACUUUCCUCUACAGUCCAUAAAGGGACCAACUUUCUUCUGCAGCGACCAAUCAGGAUGAAUCUGCUCAUUUUAUGCUGCUGAAACAAACAAAAACAGCUCAUACAGGUGUAAGAAUUAGGAUGUUUGUGUUUUAAAUCACAUCCAAACCUUCCUGUUUCACAUUUAAAAGCACGAGAACAAAAAUCAAACACUAAUAUUUUGACGCACAAUCACAUCGCACUUAGAAAAUCACUCUAACCUCCCUGAUAGGAGGGCUUUUUUAAAUGAUUGUACUUUUAAAACUAUCAGGCUGCAUUUUGCUUAGCUAACCCUGACAGCUGGGUUUUAAUCCACUCAGAUUUGUGCUUAACUCCUUAACAGGAGCAGGUGUGAAGAGGCCAGAAAGACACCAAAACUGAAUAUAAAGUCACUUUUUCUGUUGGCUGCUGUGCUUUUCUUUAGGUUUUGGGAGGCGUUAACACAUUUAGGUGGAGAAACUCAAUGUGUAGGGUUAAAAACGGAUCAUCUAAAGCCUGAUUUGUCUUUUGACGUCAUUGUUUUUGUAGACUUUUAGAUCAGCAGUUUCAUUUCCUCCUCCCCGGUGCCUCUCCUCCUCUCCUUCAUUCACACUCACCUGUGAGGGAUUUUCUGUAUGAUGUACCUGAAAGCUUAGCUGGAUGUUGGUGUGUUUGUUUACAUGAACCUGCUGCCUUGUUGUCCCUUUCCUCUGAUACCCUCUAGUGGUUCAGCAGGAAAACUGCUCCCUGGUGCUGCCGAGUGAAAGGGAACAUUUUCAUGUUUUAAAGCUAUUCCAGUUUUAUUUUUCUGCCUUUUUUCCCUGAAUUACUUUUUUGUUUUUUAUGAGGGGACUUGUAUAUAAAUGUAAAUAGUGAAACCAGGUCGCUGUUUUUCAGCGAGACGUUCAGGUCACGGGCCGUGGAAGUCUACAGUAUUUAUUUGUACGAGAAACCUGUAGGAUGAAGAGGAGAGUCAUGAUGUCUGCUCUAAAUAUGAGUUAAAUGAAUGGAGCCAUUAUUUGCCACACAGGAAGUUCUCAUUAUAUUCUCCAGUUCUUUCUUUUUUUAACAACAUUUGUAGUAAUAGUUAGGCUUUUUGAUCGUCAUGGGACCACUCUGUCUCUUCAAGCUCAAAUUAAACCACUGUGAAGGUUUUUGGGCUUUUGUUUUUUACUUUUUGGGGUGAAGAUGGGUGUAAUGUUGCCUUAAAAGCAUUCAGAAAGCAGUCUUUAAUUUGAAACAAUGAUUUCCAGCACAGAUUUUCUUUUUUUAUAUAUAUAAUUUAAGAUUGAAAGUUCUCACAUCAGCAUUUUUCCUCCUUUUCACCCUCCACUUGCUUUGAAGACACAAAUGAUUUGGACAUUUCAGCCAAUCUUAAAUUGCUUUUGAGAACAGGAUGAACGAUUAUAGCAGAAAUAAGAGAAACUAUUGGACUGUCAUACCCAGAAAUAAAAUAAAUAAGUGAAAUUUAGUAGUUGUUGUUCCACAACACUAACAGUUGACCCUACGGGAAGCUCUUUUACUGUUAGACUGAACUCAGAUCAGCUUAAAUCUGAUUUUUAUUUUUUUAUUUAUUUAUUUUUACAUAUAUGAGUUCUGACAGAUCGUGUGCAAUUAAAAGCAGCAGUGAUGAAUGAUUAUUAUCUGGGAACUUUUGAAAUUCAAUUGUGGAACAAAGUAAUAAAACUCAACUCCAUAUGAAGCAUUUAACGGAGAACUUUGUUUUUUUUUCACGUCUCCUUGGAAACUUAAAAAAAUGUUUGGUUUUUUUUUUUUUCAAAAAAAAAAUUUACUGGUGGAUUUGUCUUAAGGACCAGUUUUGUUUUAAGUAAAUUGUGUGUGUGUGUGUGUGUGUGUGUGUGUGUGUGUGUGUGUGUGUGUGUGUGUGUGUGUGUGUGUGUGUGUGAGCUGCCUACUGCUGAAAGCAACCGGACAAAUUAACACAUUUCUGCUGUUGUACAGAGCUAACAUGGAACAGAAACUCCUGUACAGAAGAAAAUCAUUAAUAAAAACAAUCUAAACUCA